GAUAGCCAAAGAAAAAAGCAUGUCUACUACUUUAGUCAUCGGCACUGAUUUUUAUGUUGUAUUGCAUGCCGAGCUUACCCGACUGCAUCCAAAGGAUCCCAAUUUUAAGAAGGUGAAGGGAAAGCCAACAUAUCCCAAAUGGACUUUACCUGAAGGACUCGAACGCUUGGUUAAAGGGCUAGAUACGACAAAUUCAACUCCGUGGUGGAAUGUAGAUUUUAUUGUUGCAAUUUGUCUUGUGGGCAAAAAUCACUGGGUCACUGUGCGAAUUCGACUUGUUGAUUGGAAGGUCGAGUUGUAUGACUCAUUGUCACACCUGUUUGAUGAAGGCAAGGCUUCUGUGCGCGACGAUGAGAUGAAGCCCAUUACUCGUCUCAUGCCUCGUCUAUUAGAGCUCUCCGGUUAUUGGGAGAACACAACUCGGAUAAAGAGAGAAGACGAGAUGGAGCUUCGUAAGAUGCCGAGUAGUGCCCAGUUCGCCCAGGUCGACAACCACAGUUGCGGCCCUUUCGCUUGCAUGUAUCUUGAUCGUUUAGUUGCCACUCCUGACAAAAAGCUGAGACAUUCGGAACAAAUCAACGAAAAAUAUAUCAAGAAGUAUAGGUGGAUUGUAGGAUCUAGAAUAUUUUGUCUCACUCAAAUUUGAAACAUAUUGAGACU